AUGGCUGAUGUCAUUUCAGCACCACUUGAAUUCCUUUUCAAUUUGUUGUUUUUCCAAGCUGUUGUUCCGCGUAGCUGGCGGCAUGCUUAUGUCAUUCCAAUCAGGAAGAAACCUCCAUACUGUGAUCCUGAGAACUAUCACGUCAGUCCUAUCCGACCAUCAACAUGGGUUCAGAGCAAAAAAUCUACAGUAACGCUCAUGUUGGAAGCAAUGAACGAUUGGACAUCAGUAUUGGAUAGAAAAAAAUCUCCCAUCCAAUCUUAUUCACAUAAACUCGCACGAAUCGGGGUUCAUGGAAGGAUAGUCAAGUGGAUUGAAGAAUUUCUCGCUGAUCGCACCUUUCAAGUGUUGGUUAAUGGUCAUGCUUCCACGGUCCGACAUGCUAGCAGUGGGGUUCCCCAGGGAAGUGUCUUGCCCCCCCCCACCCCAUUUCAUUUGAUAUUUUACAUAUUUUUGACCUAG